UUAGAAGGGACAUAUCAGAAAAGAUGGGAGGAGUUAUUUUGCCACACAUCAUCAAGGAUCUGAGGGAGCGAAGUAGGAAUUUGGAUAUGGAUGUGCAGCGAGGCGGGAAAAUUCUUGCUGAGGUGUCUGUGAAGGGUAGUAGUGGCUACAAAUGUGUUGUCAACCUAGAAGAAAGAACUUGUUCUUGCAGAAAAUGGCAAGUCUCAGGCAUUCCCUGCAAACAUGCCAUUGCAUUUAUCACACAUCUUGGGGAACCUUUGGAAAAUUAUGUUCAUAUGUUCUACUCAGUUGACAAAUUUAAGGCUGCAUAUGAGGCUCUAAUCCCUGCCUUGCCUGAUAAGUCACAAUGGGCACAAUCUGGCCAUAAUUUUUUCAUGCAUCCACCACUCCUAAAACCUACCGCAGGUAGAAGACAAAACCAAAGGUUCAAAGGAUGCACAGAGGGCAGCACAAUCAAAAAGAAAGGGUCACAUCAAUGCAAAGUUUGCAAGAACUAUGGCCAUCGCUGGUAUAAGUGUAAGGACGGUGACCCUGAUGACAUAGCAGCAAUGAUGGCUGAAAAGUGUCCACCAAAGAAAAAGAAGAAAAAUGUUGCACCAUCUUGUGAGAGCAGCAUUGUACCUGUUGAUCCGACAAUUAAAACAAUGCAUUUUCCUCCUAGCAAGAGUGCCUCGGUUAGCUUAGGUUCUGGAAACUCAGUCAGGUCUGGAAGUGGCUCAAACCAACCUGAGCCACUUUCCAUUGAGUACCCGACGCUACUUGCAUGUGAAACCACACCACCUCGUGACAUCUCCAAACCUACAAGAAAAAAGGCAGCUAAAGGGAAGGCAAAGGCAGCAGGGAAAAAGAAGAAGAAGGAAGUUUCCGUGCCAUAUGAUAGCUCGGCAAUGGGUACUCGAAGCAAGACCACCCCUCAGAAGGACAGCCCUGCCUCACAAACUAGAAGCAAAAGAAAGCUGCCACUUCCGGAUCUAAACUGCUAGUUGAUGCAAUUUAUUAUGUGGGGUCCUAUUUUGCUUGGUCUUUGUGAACCAGUUUCGUAUUCUUUUGCUAAGAUGUUGUCAGCUAUUGGUUGCUGCUAGUUCUUUGUAUGCACAGCUAUGGCUGAUUGGAAUAUGCCUAUGGACAGCACUGAUGCUUAUAUAUGUACUAAUAGUUGCUUUGACUAAUUGCUUA